AUGAUGCAAUUUAAGAGUUUAGAAGAACAAAUCUAAUAUUAGGAAAAGAAUAUUGAAUAUUUGUAACAAUAAAAUUUUGAUUUACAAAACUAAAUAUCUUAAUAUGCAUAAUUCUAACAGUUAGGAAUUACAAUUGAGGCAUUUUAAUCUUUGCAGAAUAAUAACAAAGAAUUUUCACAACAAAUAAAAUAAUUGCAAAAAGAGAAUAAAAAUCUACUAAAAUAGAUAUAAAACAAUUAAGUUAAAUAUUAUGAUAAAACAUUAUCAAAUUUGUAAUAGGAAAAUGUAAAAUUGAAGAAUGAAAUAAGAUAAUUACGGCAGAGAAUUUCAUCGCCUUCUAAACUAGAUAAAUCAAUAGUAUAAUAUAGUACACCAUAAAAAUAACUAAAUCCUAGUGCAAUUCUUAAAUCGACAAAAGAUCAUCCAAAAGAUGUAGCAAGCUUACUAUUUAUUAAAGGUUCCCAAAAUUUCAAAUCUCCAUAUAUAGAUAUAAUAAAAGGAAAAUUCGAAAAUGUUAAAGUAAUCAAAUAGCUUAAAUCAGGAUUAGAGCAGUCCUAUUUUGAUACUUUUCAUUUCGAUGUAAUUAGUCAGGAUCUCUAAUACUCACUUCAACAAUUAGAUAGACAGCAUAGCAUUCAUUAGGGUAAAGGAAUUUUAUUAUCAAAUUAAUUAUGUUUGAUUUUUGGGGCAUCAAGAACAAAUAAAAAGCAUUUUCUAAUAUAAUAUUUAGAUACAUUAAUAAUGUAAAUAAAAUAGUAAUACGAAAUCUUUUAAUAAAAUGAAGACUAUAAAUAAUUAACUGUAAAGAUUGUAUAUGAGGAAUUCUUGAAUGGUUAGGCUAAACAUCCAUGUGAUAGUGAGAUAAUUCUUAAUAAAGAAUAAAGUAAGAAAGAAAUUGAGAGCAAUGUAAGGGAAAUAGAAUUAUAAAUAUCAAAAUUGAGAUUAAUAAUACUUAACAAGCUUAAAAUGACAAUUAAAGAUAAUAGUAAGAGAUAUGUUAAAGUAAGAAAGCUCUAUAUUGAAACUGAGUUAGAAUUUCUAAAAGAGACUCAAAUGAAAAAGUUUAUAUGUUUUACAUCAAAUUAGAAUUUGAAUUAGAAGUAGUAUUAAAAUGGAGAAGAAGGCUUAAAUGAAUCUUUAGCAAUGAAGGAUAAAGGAAAGGAAUUAACAUAAAUUCUAAAAUGGCCAUAAUUAUAAAUAUCAUUAGUUUUAUGUGUUCAUCCAACAAUUCCAGAUUAUGCCAUGACAGUUAAUACUUUUUAAUUAUGUAAAUUUAUAAGGAAUUUGAAAUUAGUAUCAGAUUCACCUCAAAAUUCAGAUAAAUUUUCAUAAAUUUUAGAGAAUAAUAAUGUAAAUAAAUAAAAUAUUAAUUAGAAAUCACUUGAAUAGAACAUAAAGAAAUUAAGAGAGAAAAUAAAGAAUUUAGAAUCUGAUAAUUAAAGAGUUAGAAAGUAAAGUUUAAUUUUGGAAGCAGAAAAUGAAGAGGCAGUUGAAAAGAAUAGAAAAUUAAAACAAUAAUUGACAAAUCUAAUAAAUUCUUUAUAGUAAUUGUAAAUGAAUUUUUAACAGUAAAUUUCAGCAAAGAAAUCAUUAUCAUUGUCAAAAACAAAAAGUGCAAUAGUAUCUGAUAAUAAAACAAUAUAGACUCUUGAAAAGGCUUAAAAAAGCAUAUCAACAUUAUUAUCUUAGAAUAGUAAAAUAGAUUUAACUGUUAGUCCAUCAAAAGUUCAGAAGACAAUUCCUUCUGAUUUACUUAUGGUAAAAUUAAUUAUAAAAUUAUAAGGUGAAUGAUGAUGAAGAAAAUUAAGAUGAAGAAGAAGAAUAUUAAGAAGAAGGAGAAGAUGGAUAAGAAGUUGAAGAUUAGAUGGAUGAAGAAGAAGUAGAUUCUGAAGAGCCAUCAGAAGAGAAUGAAUCAGAGGGAUAAGAUAUUUAAUAACCUAGAAAGGAGUCAUCAAUAUCAAUGAUAUGAG